CUCCCUUCUCCCCCGUCCUACAUGUGGCAGUGGUGGUGGAAAAGUUUCCCAUCACGAUGACGUGCAGAGUCCCCUAGUGUACGAGGCCGCCUGAUGUCAAUCAACGUGGUGUGCAAGCCUGCUCGGCUGCUGGCCCAUCAGGUUCUCUCAAGUCCACGGUGGCACACGGGAGGAGUCGUCAGCUGCAGCGCCGGGGUCAGCGCGUGCGAGAAAGGCAAGCAGUGGCAGCGGGCUCUGGCGCUGCUCGGCGAGAUGCGGGAGGCGAAGCUGGAGGCCGAAGUCAUCUCCUACAACGCUGGGAUAAGUGCGUGCGAGAAGUGCGAGCAGUGGCAGCGCGCUCUGGCGCUGCUCUGGGAUAUGCGGAAGGCGAGGCUGGUGCCCAGCGUCAUCAGUUACAGCGCUGGGAUCAGCGCGUGCGCGAAAAUGGAGCAGUGGCAUCAGGCUUUGGCGCUGCUCAGGGAGAUGUCGAAGGCGAAGCUGGACCCCAACUCUGCUACAACGCUGGGACUAGCGCGUGCGAGAAGGGCGGGCAGUGGCAGCGGGCUUUGGCGCUGCUCACCGAGAUGCGUGACCUGAAGGUGGAGGCCGACAUCAUCACCUACAGCGCUGGGAUCAGCGCGUGCGAGAGGGCCGGGCAGUGGCAGCGGUCUCUGGUGUUGCUCAGCGAGAUGUCGUGGGCGAAGCUGGCGCCCAACGUUAUCUUUUUCAGCUACAAUGCUGGGAUCAGCGCGUGCGAGAAGGGUGCGCAGUGGCAGUGGGCUUUGGCACUACUCAGAGAGAUGCGGGAGGCGAAGCUGGACCCCAACACUAUCAGCUACAGCGCUGGGACCAGCGCGUGCGAGAAGGGCGGGGAGUGGCAGCGGGCGCUGGCAAUACUCAGCGAGAUUUGGGAGUCGAAGCUGGAGCCCAACGUCAUCAGCUACAGCGCUGGGAUCAGUGCGUGCGGCAAGGGCCAGCAGUGGCAGCGGGCGUUGGCAAUGCUCAGCGAGAUGAAGGAGGCGAAGCUGGAGCCCAACGCCAUCUAUCUACAACGCUGGGAUCAGCGCGUGCGAGAAGGGCGAGCAGUGGCAGUGGGCGCUGGCGCUGCUCAGCGAGAUGUGCGAGGCGAAGGUGGAACCCAACGUCUCAGCUACCACGUUGGGAUCGGCGCGUGCGAGAAAGCCAACUGUCUUUGCCCAGAAGGCUGGUUCCUCCCUAGGCCGAGUCGGGGAGGCCUCCCGAGAAGCGCGAUGGCCAUUGCGUCGCCCGCAGCAUGAAGGCUUUGCCCCUCGCAGCUCUCCGACGUACUAGGGGCACGUGGACAUUUCACGGGCGGCUUGUGCCUGCUUUCCCCAGACGUGCUGGUGGCGCCUUCCAGGCUUGUCGAGGUGCAUCUUUUCUCGAGACACGGGUUCCA